UAGAUGAUUACGCCAUUUAAAUUCGUAAAAAUACACAUGACUUGAUCAAUCUACGCAUCUGCUUUUCUGGAGUUUGUGUUUCAUGUAUUAUGCAAUGUCAACGAAAUGCAGUUGUUUUGCACAUUUUUACUCCAUCGUUUUGCUACUGUCAUCAUGACAAUACUGUUAAUCAAGGUCUCUUGCGAAUUUCUUUGUUAUGAAAAUACCACGGAUCUGUGCAAUAAGAAAUAUAAGAAAAGUUAUUCAGCUUACAAAGGAUUCUUUAGAUGAACUUAACAAAAAAUUUGGAAAUGACCAACAACCAAAUCCUAUGUAUGUUGAGGAAUAUGAAACUCUCACAAAUAAAAUCCAUGAACUACAAGUCAAAGAGGAGGACUUGCUGGCAAAGAUGCCAAACGAAGAGGACCGAUCCCCCACCUGUAGCCUGCCAGCAUCGACGUCGGGGGGCGGGGCUCAGCCCAACAUCUCAAACUCAAUACCAAGUCCUAAACCGGUCCACGGCAUCAUUAAGGCCUACCUACCAAAUGAACAGUUCUCUCUGGUAAAGAUAGAGCCAGGAAAGAUUCUGAAGGAAGGUCUAAAGAAAUCAAUGUCCCGGAGAUUUCUCUCCCCUGAAAAUUGUAAUGUCUAUGACUCAACGACAAAGAUGCCCAUUUCCUGGGACAUUGACAUGGCAAACUUAGCCGGUAAGGACAUCAAUGUCUGUGAGAAACCCAAGCGUAAGCUGGAGGGACAGUUAGCCAUUACCACACACAACAUAGUUAGAAAGACAUUUUUACUUUUAACAUUCUGCGAUGGAUGUGGAAAGUCGCUGUUCCAGAGUUUGCGCUGCCAGACGUGUGGAAUUCGCUUCCACCAGAGAUGUAGUGACAAAAUUCAACCCUUUUGUUACCCCGUCCCCGAUUCCUUACCCUAUCCAGGAAUGUUCAAACCCAAGUUGGCGGAUGCUGGGUUUUCCCUGAACAAGGAAGAUCGCUUUAGUCGCAGCCGUUCACAAUCGGCGCCUAACGUUAAUAUUAAUAUAACGGACACGCAUCCAGACCACUUAGAGGAAAAGUUUCCAUUUGCUACCCAGAAUAUCGAAGAUAGCGGAAAUCCCCGGAAUUACAAAGAAAAACGCCAUGCCAGCGAUGGCACUUGUAGCAAACCUACACCAAAGCAUCGCUAUGGAUCACAAAGAAAUAAUACGCUACCGGUGUUAACAACUUCAAAUCAGUCCAAACCAGUACCUCAGCCACAGCCGGCACAUACAGGUCAUGAGGUCAAGCAUCGGACAGUAGAAAACCAUCCGCGAGAGGACUGGGAAAUCAAUGGUGAUCAAAUUCAGGUCAACAAGAGAAUCGGGUCAGGGUCAUUUGGGACGGUGUAUCGAGGGUAUUACCAUGGUCACGUGGCAAUCAAACGCCUUAACGUCACAGCUCCAACUCCUCAACAGCUGAGGGCAUUCAAGAAUGAAGUGGCAGUCCUAAGGAAAACAAGACAUACCAACAUUCUACUGUUUAUGGGGUGGACGUCAAAACCCCAGCUAGCCAUAGUCACGCAGUGGUGCGAAGGCUCCAGUUUAUACAAGCACAUUCACGAAGACGACAUCAAGUUUGAAAUGUUAACAAUAAUGGAGAUUUCUCGGCAGACGGCACAAGGAAUGGAUUAUCUCCAUGCAAAAUGUAUUAUUCACAGAGAUUUAAAGUCAAAUAAUAUAUUUUUAACGGAAAACUUAACGGUAAAAAUCGGUGACUUUGGAUUGGCUACGAUGAAGACCAGGUGGAGUGGAUCACAUCAAUUCCAGCAGCCCAGUGGCUCCAUAUUGUGGAUGGCUCCAGAAGUGAUACGAAUGAAAGAGGCCAAUCCCUACACCAACCAGUCAGAUGUGUAUGCUUUUGGGAUAGUUUUGUAUGAGUUAAUGACCCAGUCACUUCCCUAUAGCAACAUCAGUAACAAGGACCAGAUUCUGUACAUGGUGGGUAAAGGGACACUCCGGCCUGACCUCAGUAAAUCUAGGUCAGACACGCCCAAAAGAUUCAAAAUCCUAAUGCAGGACUGCUGUAAAUAUGACAGAGAACAGCGGCCAUUGUUUCCACAGAUUCUGUCAGUCUUGGAGAGCCUAGAGCGAUCUCUUCCCAAGGUUCAUCGGAGCUCAUCAGAGCCAACGUUGAAUCUGUCGCAAUCAGAAGACUUCAUGUAUUUGUGUGCUUCUCCCAAGACGCCCAUUAACAGCGGCAUUCACUUUCUGUUUACGUCAACGUCGGGUGGCGGCCUAAACUAAGACUUCCUGUGUGUGGAUGUUUUCUUCGUGAGUUCAAAGGUGAUGAUGAAAAAAAAAUCUGUUACACUUACAGCUUGCAAAGAGGAGGCCCCGAUGGUGUGUGAUAGCUUGCUUUUAAAAAAAAAAAAUUCCCCAUACAGCAUUCUUUAUCCGAGUUGACGAGCUCAAAGCUUAAAGCUCUGAAAAGCAAGUUAGAUUGUGUGCCAGCUUAUCCCUGUGUUAUGUCAUUAAUAUGACCACAGCUGGCCAAAAUGACCCUCACUCCAUGUGUACAAUUGCAUAUUCCUUUGUUUUUUCUGCUUAUGAGAUGAUCUCCAUCGCCUCUUUAUCAUCUAGAAAUUACUGGGUGAAUACCUUGGGGAAUUUGGCAGAUUAUGAGUGCAUAUUAUAUUUUCAUACAUGAGAAGGUGUUUCAUUCACGAAAAGACCCUAACUUUCAGUGAAUCAUCAUACAAAUUGCCAUCGUGUACAAUCCAUGGUAUUUCAUCUCGUUUGAGGAUAAAUUCGAACUGAUCGAUUCAUCUGACAUGCAUGUAGAUGUGUCAUGUACAUAGUGCUUUUGGAUAGUUCUACAUGUACAAGCCAAGAUUGACGUAUUCCGCAAGACUGUUUUAUUUCCCAAGGUAAUAUGCAUGCCGUUUGAGUAACAAAACUAUUUAUGUUUUAGUCCGCAAUGUAGUAUGAUCUCUUCACAUCGGAGGCCAUAAAUAUUUUCCUGUGAAUAGUGGAAGAAAAACAGAUCACGAAGGAAAAGAAAAAAAAAUUAUAAAAAAGAAAGGAGAUACAUCACCCAAUUGUGAUACUUUUUGAGUGAACGUGACACUUUUAUAAGAUUUUGUAAAUAUGUGAAUGUUGUGAAAUCCUGAUUGGUUUUCGCUACCUAUGUGUUGAUUUCAUUGGAUAUCAUUGUUCCUUCAACUUGCAGCACUUUACUGUAUGAUAAAAGGUAUUCCACUUGUUAAAUGUGCCGUUGUUGUUACAUAAAGGGGGCGAGUGUUGAUUUGUCUCCGUCGUUACUGGGGAGAAGAAAAAAGAAACGUACAUGAAACAGCCAAUCGUGUGUGUCGUUCAGAUUUCGUGGACAGGGAGAGGGAUAUGUUCUGUAUUUUUAUGGAAUGCUGUGGAUUCUUUUGCUGUGAUGGCUCUGUGAUGCGAAAUAUAAUGACGGAAAUUGAUUUAUAGAAAAUGGUGGUGUCGCUACUAGGUCAUUUUCGUGUACUAUAUUCCAUACUGGAUGGGAACGUUCCAGUAUCUUUGGGCCUCUCUCUCUCUUUGAUGAGAGAUGCUGAUUUUUGUGCAAUGAACAUGUACAGACUUCUUUUGUGUGUGUUUGAAUUUUUUUCUCUCACCUUUAUGGAAUAUAUUUAGUUCCGAUUAACUGUGAUUCACUUCGACUUGGAUGUGGACAAGGACAUUGUGCAAUGACUUCACUGACUUUCCUUUAUAUGGAUGAAGCCAACAAUCAUAUUAGGACAUCGUUCUGUCAAUAAUGUUAGGCAUUUUAUCGUACUUGUUGAAAUUGUUGUAAAAAUUGUCCUUUCAAAGUGCUUAGAAUUGAAACUGUUUUGAUAGUUAUCGAAUAUUUAAAAAAAAAUAUCAACAUUUUCUGUACAGAAUGAUUUGUAUUAAAGAUAAUGGGGGUUGGAUGGUGACAAAUAUGUCUGACCUCAGUUGCAGUUCUUCAAUCAUUUUAGUGUUAUACAGUGUAAAAUUGUAAGUUAAUUAUUGCAAGAGUUUCUGUGAUUGUCAAGCUCUUGUUUUAAAGUGGAGAAUAGCAUUGCAUCAGAAUUUCAUUUGCAUUUGAUGAAAGGGUACACUUGAUUUGUCUAUAUACGUUUACCUUAUUGAAAUGCUAAUAUUUCAUAGAACUUAAUUACAUGUAUUUAUGAGAAAAAAAAUAUGACGUUUUAUUAUGAACGAGAGCUCUGAAAGAAUGAUCAGAAUUAUUUAUAGGAUAGAAUUGAAGCCGUGAGUGAAAUUCCUUAUAGAUAUAUUAUAUAUAUAUAUUCAAUUAUAUAACAAGAAGAGAGAAAUGAUGGUGACUUUAUUUCAUUCUUUCUUCAUAAUUAAUUGUUUAUUUUUUUGUGUGUGGGGGGAAUACAUUGUGUAAUAAUUUAUUCGUUACUGUGUGUGGAUGAUUUCUGUGUGAGAUGAGGGAGAAACGAAUUCGAAGGAUUCCAGUAUACACAUUUGUCUUAAUAUUCUCUCCGAGUCGAUCCUCAUCCACACUGUACAUAUCAAAGUUUUACCAAUAAUACCGUGUUGUUGGUGUUGUCUUUCUUUAUCGAUGUUACAAACAAUUCUCUUAAAUAUGAUUUUUUCUUUUUAAAAACUUUUUUAUUUUCAGUCCACAUUUGCAAAUUUUUUGGGAAGACAUAAUAUUUUGCAUUUAUUUGGAGGGGGUGGGGAUUCGUUAUUUUUAGUUUGGGUUUUUGGUAGCAAAUUAUGCUGUAGUAAAAAAGAUUCAGAAAUUCUUAUAAACAUACAUGAAAGCAUUAAAUUAUAUGUCGUUUAUUAAUUAAAUUAGUGUAGGAAAGUAAAGCAAAAAUAUGCAGCCAAUACAAAAUUUAACAUUUCUCAGUGUAUUUUUUAUAAAAAAAAUAUCUUAAUAUUCUGAUCAUUUCAAAACUGAGAAUUGACAGAAUAAUUUGCUUUUGAAAAUUCUUUGUGCAUUUAGAUUUUUACAGGAUUUUUCUUUAAUUCAUUUUCAAAUAUUUUUGAGUAGAUAAUCUCAUGUCUUGUCACUUGAAAAUUAAAAAAAAAAUUGACAAGAUUGUUACCAACUGCCUAUUUAUAUUACUGAUACACAUUUCUGCUUGUUUUGCUCAUCAUCGUGACAGUUGAGAGAGAGAGAGAGAGAGAGAGAGAGAGAGAGAGAGAGACGUUAUGACUGUUUUAUUUGAGUGAAGAAUGUACUUGCUCUCGUGAUGGUUCUUUGUAAAUGCAAAAUAUAAAGAAAUUUCCUCUA